CUAGCUAUCAAUCUCUCUCUAAGUUGUGCAAUGGAGUUCAUGGAGGGAAGGUCUAUUCUAGUAACCGGGGCAGCUGGCUUUCUUGCUAAGAUUUUCAUUGAGAAGAUUCUGAGAGUACAGCCCAACGUAAAGAGGCUUUAUCUUCUCUUGAGGGCUCGAGACUCGAACUCAGCUAUGCUACGCUUCGACACUGAGAUCAUGUCAAAGGAUUUAUUUAGGGUUCUGAAAGAGAAACAUGGUGGAUAUUUAAAUUCCUUAAUUUCACAAAAAAUAAGAGUUGUGGCUGGAGACAUCACCUGCGAGGAUUUGGGCGUGAAGGACUCAUUGUUGUUAGAGGAAAUGAUUAAAGAAGUUGAUGUCGUUGUCAAUUUAGCUGCAAAUACCAACUUUGACGAAAGAUAUGAUAUUUCAAUUGGAAUAAAUACGAUGGGAGCUAAGCAUGUAUUGAACUUCGCUAAAAGAUGUGAGAAGUUAAAAGUGUUGCUUCACGUCUCAACUGCUUAUGUAUGUGGAGAAAAGGAAGGACUGAUAUUAGAAAAAGGUUAUAAAAUGGGGGAAACACUUAAUGGAGCACGUGGACUAGACAUCGACGCCGAGAAGAAGUUGAUCGACGAUACUUUGAAAUCCCUAAAAGCUGAAAAUUGCUCCGACGACCUUAUUAAAUCCAAAAUGAAGGAUUUGGGAAUUCAAAGAGCAAGAAGGUAUGGAUGGCCAAAUACAUAUGUUUUCACCAAGGCUAUGGGGGAGAUGUUGUUGGGGCAUUUGAAAAAUGAAAUGCCUGUCGUUAUAAUUCGACCUACCAUUGUCACAAGCACUUAUAAAGAACCUUUCCCUGGUUGGGCUGAAGGGAUCAGAACAAUUGACAGCUUAGCUGUCGGAUAUGGCAAAGGAAGAAUUACGUGUUUCCUUGGCAAUCCCAACACCAUCAUUGAUGUGAUCCCUGCAGACAUGGUGGUGAAUGCAAUGAUGGUGGCCAUGGCUGCUCACUCGAACCAGUCAGAUGAGACGAUCUACCACGUGGGUUCCUCUGUGGCGAACCCACUUGAAUACGCAUCGCUGCAAGAUUACGGCCAAAGAUAUUUCCAGAAGCAUCCAUGGAUCAACAAGGAAGGAAAGCCUGUCAUAGUUGGCAAUGUCAAAGUAUUGAACUCAAUGGAAAGUUUCCAAAGAUACUUAGCCAUUCACUACUUGCUACCCUUAAAGGGGCUAGAAAUGGUGAACAAGGCUUGCUGCCAAUACUUUCAAGACAGGUAUCUGGACAUGUGCAGAAAGAUCAAGUUCGUAUUGCGAUUAGUCGAGCUCUAUGGACCUUAUUUGUUCUUUAAAGGAUAUUUCGACGACAUGAACACGGAAAAACUAAGAAGGGCAGCGGCACAAGUAGGCGAGGAGGUGGAGAGUGGUACGUUUUGUUUUGAUCCAAAAAUCAUAAAUUGGGAAGAUUACUUCAUCAACGUUCACAUUCCUGGAGUAGUCAAAUAUGUGCUCAAAUAAUACUCGAUUUGCGUUGUUAUUUUCUAGUUGUGAAAAGCUCCAUGUUAUUUUUCAAGUUUGCUUUGGUAUAUCAUUCAUUCAUUAUUAAUUACUACAUGGUUUUUAUAGUAGUGAUUAGUGAUGUUCAAUGUUUUGAUUGCAAUUGAUGUUUUCUUAGUAGUCAUGUUGUUGUGGAUCAGAAUUUACAUUGUAUUCAUGUACUCAAAUAAUUUUACUAUGAUUCCGUGUACUCUAUAGUCUACAUUGUUUUUAUUUUCAAUUUA